AUUUGAAUACAACCUUGUCUUUUUUUUUUCUUUUCCGAUGAGCUUGUUCCUUGUUUUUUGCUUCUGUAUCUUCAAUAAAUGUUUGUCUGAUUUCGGACUGUAUAUUUGUGAUUUAUGAACUUUGUGAGGAUUGAGGAUCGAAAUUUGAGAUUUGGGGUUUCAUGUUCUAGCUUCUAUAUAUUUUCUGCUCUAAUAAUCUUACUAAGGCUUUGAGGAAUCUUCUCAUUAGAUACUGAAUUUCUAUGCUAAAAAUUUAUAAUUGGAAUUCUUGCUAUAAAUUAAGGUGCAGAUGCCCAUUAGACGUGAAUGACGUAGCCUGUUCGUAUCAGUGUAUCCUCUGUCCAAGAAUACCACACAGGACGUCUCGAGUUGUCAGAACUUAACUGAAGUUGGUUGUAGUUUUUCUUCAGAUGCAAACAUCCCAAACAUCUGCCUCUUUCCAAAGCUUUUACAAUCAGCCUAUGCAGCAGGUUGACCCAUACGGAAGUUCAACUGGUAGCCGAAGCCAGGGAACUGAAGUUUCUUUUCAAACUUGCCCUGAUCAGUUCUUCACUCUGGAAUCAACUCCAGCGACUGAUUAUGCUACAUACAGUUCACCUUCAGCUGUAAGUGUCUCUUCCAGUAGAAGUCCAUUUUCUCCCCAGGGCUCUCAAUCGUAUGCAUCCGAUCUCUAUCAGCCAUCUGAUAAUACUUACGGUUCACCUCUGAGUGGGUCUUCUGGGGUUGAUGAUGAGAACAAGUUGCUGCAUGCACUGUGGGUAUUGAGGAAUGAACUUCUGGGUCCUGAAUCUGAUACAGAUGAUAGUGGAACCUUCAAUGGUGUAGUUACUCAACCUUCUCCCUUCACAAGAUACAACAAAAUCUUGGAAAUGGCCCCUCACAUGGACCUGAACCAAUUGCUUGUUGCCUGUGCUGAAAUAGUAUCAGAAGCUGAUACCAUAUCUAUGUCAGACAGGCAGGUGGCCAUAUCAGCUGCAGAAGCUUUGAUGGAUAUAUUGGAGAAGAAAGUUUCAGUGUCUGGUGAGCCUGCCCAAAGAUUAGGUGCAUACAUGUUGGAAGGACUCAGGGCUAGGCUGUUAUCAUCUGGAAGCAUAAUUUACAAAAAGUUGAAGUGCAAAGAGCCGACGAGUUCAGAAAUGAUGUCUUACAUGGGCGUGCUCUAUCAAAUCUGCCCGUACUACAAGUUUGCUUACAUGUCAUCAAAUGUUAUCAUUGGGGAAGCCAUGGAAAAUGAAAGCAGGAUCCACAUAAUUGAUUUUCAGAUUGCACAAGGUAGUCAGUGGAUCUCCUUGAUUCAAGCUCUUUCACGUCGGGCUGGUGGGCCCCCAUUUAUUCGCAUCACCGGUGUUGAUGAUUCACAAUCAGCUCAUGCUCGGGGCGGAGGACUCGAGUUAGUUGGUCAGAAACUAGCACAACUGGCUGAGUCAUGUGGAGUGCCAUUUGAAUUUAAUGGUGCGGCUAUGUCCGGGUGCCAGGUCCAACUGGAGCAUCUUAAAGUUCGGCACGGGGAAGCUUUGGCUGUGAAUUUUCCCUACAUACUGCACCACAUGCCGGAUGAGAGUGUGAGCACUGCGAAUCAUCGCGACCGACUCCUCAGACUAAUGAAGAGCUUGUCACCCAAGAUUGUGACCCUUGUUGAGCAAGAAUCCAACACUAAUACCUCUACUUUCGCUCAACGAUUCUGUGAAACCCUAGACUACUAUACAGCAAUGUUUGAGUCUAUUGAUGCAGGACGCCCGAGGGAUGACAGACAACGGAUUAGUGCAGAGGAGCACUGCGUGGCAAAGGACGUGGUCAACAUAAUAGCAUGCGAGGGGAUUGAGAGGGUGGAAAGGCAUGAGCUCUUUGGUAAGUGGAGAAUGAGACUCGAAAUGGCGGGCUUCUCCCAACUCCGACUCAGCCCAUCGGUUAGUAAUUCUGUGAGGGACAUGUUGAAAGAAUAUAGCUCAAAUUACAGAAUAGCGGAGGGUGGCAAUGGUGCUCUGUAUCUUGGAUGGAAGAAUAGAGCUUUAGCUACAAGUUCUGCAUGGAGAUGAUUAUCCCAAUGUGAAGAAAUUAUAAUAAUACUUGGUAGGUUUAAAUUAGAGUUAACUCUACGUGUAAAGUGAAAUCCAGUGUCUUUUCUUUCUUCUGUGGCGUUUGUGUAGUAGUAAGAGGAACUGAGUUUUAAUCUGCGUAGCUGAUGAUAGGCAUCAGUUGUCACACGUGAUUCUAAAACUUCACAUUCUUUGCUAGAAUUUUUCUUUCUGCUGGUGUUUCGGUUUUAUUUUCA